AUGCCUGCCACCAACCAGGGCUGGCCCGAAGACUUCGGCUUCCGUCUGGGUGGCUCGGGCCCCUGCUUUGUCCUGGAGGUGACAGAAGGGAGCAGCGCACACGCUGGGGGUCUGCGGCCCGGAGACCAGAUCCUGGAGGUGGAGGGGCUGGCAGUGGGUGGCCUGAGCCGGGAGCGCCUCGUGCGCCUGGCCCGGCGCUGCCCGCGCGUGCCGCCCAGCCUCGGGGUGCUCCCCAGUCCCGACGGCGACCCAGGCGCUGGAUCCCGCUGCGCAUCCCCGACCGCAGCCCCGCGGCCCGCGCGCUGUGGCCCAGGCCUCUCCCUGGGCCGCGAGCUGCUGCGCCUGGCCCGCCGCAAGCGCCCGGAUGCUGUGCACCGGGAGCGCAGACGCAAGGCCCAGGAGUUCAGCCGCAAGGUGGAUGAAAUCUUGGGGGACCAGCCAACUGCCAAGGAACGGGUAUUUGCUGCACUGAAGCAAUUCGCAGCUGAGCAGCAGGUAGAUGACCUGGUGCGGGCGCUCACCCUGGACCUGCCCCUUGAGGCCCGUGCACCACUCCUGGACAACCUCAGGAUCUUCAUCCCCAAGAAGCACCGAGCACGCUUCGACGAGGUGGUGUCGCAGGGUCUGCUGGGCAAGCUGUGCCGCGCUCGGCGGACGCAGGGAGCGCAGCGGCUGCGCCGGAGCCGCAGCGAGGAGCGGCCGGAGCGCCUCCUGGUGUCCACUCGCGCCAGCGCCGCCCCGCGCCGCCCGGAUGAGCCGCCCCCGCGCAAGGCUGCCUCGCUGCUGGGCGGCCGCGCGGGCCCGGGGGGCGCGCGCAGGACAGUCCGAGUCUACAAGGGCAACAAGAGUUUCGGCUUCACACUGCGCGGUCACGGGCCUGUCUGGAUCGAGUCUGUCCUGCCUGGGAGCCCGGCUGACAAUGCGUCCCUCAAGUCAGGUGACCGGAUCCUCUUCCUCAAUGGACUAGACAUGAGGAACUGCUCCCAUGACAAGGUGGUGUCCAUGCUUCAAGGCAGUGGUGCAAUGCCCACACUGGUGGUGGAGGAAGGGCUCGUCCCAUUUGCCAGCGACUCCGAUUCUUUGGAUUCCCCCAACCCGUCCUCGGCGCUCACCUCCCUGCAGUGGGUGGCGGAGAUCCUGCCUUCCAGUAUUCGGGUGCAGGGGAGGACUUUCAGCCAGCAGCUGGAGCACCUACUCACGCCUCCCGAGCGCUAUGGGGUUUGCCGGGCCCUUGAGAGCUUCUUCCAGCACAGGAACAUUGACACCCUCAUUGUGGAUGUCUACCCUGUGCUGGACACACCUGCCAAGCAAGUCCUUUGGCAGUUCAUCUACCAGCUGCUGACUUACGAGGAGCAGGAGCUCUGCCAGGAGAAAAUUGCAUGUUUCCUGGGCUACACAGCUAUGACAGCAGAGCCGGAGCCUGAGCUGGACCUGGAGCCUGAGCCUGAGCCUGAGCCUGAGCCUGAGCCGGUGCUGGAACUCCAGCGGCGGAGUUCCCUGAGGGCCUCCUCCAUGUGCCGCCGCAGCCUGCGGUCCCAAGGUCUGGAGGCCAGCCUCAGUUGCGGUCCCGGCGACUGCCCCGAGAUGCCUCUUCCUCUAAUCCCAGGCGAGCGCCAGGCAGGCGACGGCACGUCCCUCCCUGAGACCCCCAAUCCUAAGAUGAUGUCGGCCGUCUAUGCAGAGCUUGAGUCCCGACUGAACAGCAGCUUCAAAGGGAAGGUGGGGACCUCGUCCAGAUCCCGUGCCUCCCCACCAGUGCCCAGCCCGGCAGGCACAGCAGGGCCCAGGACCCUGUCCAGCGUCUCGUGGCCCAGCGAGCGGCUCCUGCCCUCCCCCUGCUACUACCCACUGUGUUCAGGGGGCCUGGCCUCCCCCAGCAGCUCUGAGUCCCACCCCUACGCCAGCCUGGACAGCAGCAGGGCGCCCUCCCCACAGCCAGACCCUGGGCCCAUCCGCUCUGACAGCCCCCCAAGCCCGGACCCUGCCCGCCCACCCAGCCGCAGGAAGCUCUUCACCUUCUCCCGCCCCGUGCGAAGCCGGGAUACUGACCGCUUCCUGGAUGUGCUGAGUGAGCAGCUGGGUCCCCGGGUCACUGCUGUGGAUGAUUUCCUGAGCCCUGAGAACGAUUACGAGGAGAUGAGCUUCCACGAUGACCAGGGAAGCUUUGUGACCAAUGAGCGGAGCAGCGCUAGUGAGUGCAUCAGCAGCAGUGAGGAAGGCAGCUCCCUGACCUACUCCUCCAUCUCCGACCACAUCCCCCCACCCCCGCUCAGCCCCCCACCUCCACCACCCCUGCCCUUCCAUGACCCCAAGCCCAGCUCCCGCACCCCUGAUGGUCCCCGGGGCCCUGCUCAGACGCUGGCCAAGCCCCUCGCCCAACUCAGCCACCCAGUCCCUCCACCGCCCCCGCCCCCCCUGCCCCCACCGGUGCCCUGUGCACCCCCAAUGCUGUCCCGGGGCCUGGGCCACCGUCGAAGUGAGACCAGCCACAUGAGCGUCAAGCGCCUGCGAUGGGAGCAGGUAGAGAACUCGGAAGGCACCAUCUGGGGUCAGCUAGGGGAAGAUUCUGACUAUGACAAGCUGAGCGACAUGGUGAAAUACCUCGAUUUGGAGCUGCACUUUGGCACCCAGAAACCUACUAAGCCGGUGCCUGGGCCUGAGCCCUUCAGGAAGAAAGAGGUGGUGGAGAUCCUGUCUCACAAGAAGGCCUACAACACCUCCAUCCUGCUCGCUCACCUGAAGCUGAGCCCCGCGGAGCUGCGGCAGGUGCUCAUGAGCAUGGAGCCCCGGCGCCUGGAGCCCGCGCACCUGGCGCAGCUGCUGCUCUUCGCGCCCGACGCCGACGAGGAGCAGCGCUACCAGGCCUUCCGCGAGGCGCCCGGCCGCCUCAGCGAGCCCGACCAGUUCGUCCUGCAGAUGCUAUCCGUUCCCGAAUACAAAACCCGCUUGCGCAGCCUCCACUUCCAAGCCACCCUACAAGAGAAGACGGAAGAGAUCCGGGGCAGCCUGGAGUGCUUGCGCCAGGCCUCCCUUGAGCUCAAGAACAGCCGGAAGCUUGCCAAGAUCCUGGAGUUUGUGUUGGCCAUGGGCAACUAUCUCAAUGAUGGACAGCCUAAAACCAACAAGACCACAGGCUUCAAGAUCAACUUCCUGACAGAGCUGAAUUCCACAAAGACUGUGGAUGGGAAGUCCACCUUCCUGCACAUCCUUGCCAAAUCACUGAGCCAGCACUUCCCAGAACUGCUGGGCUUUGCUCAGGACCUGCCCACUGUGCCCCUGGCUGCCAAAGUGAAUCAACGGGCCCUGACCAGUGACCUGGCUGACCUCCAUGGCACCAUCAGUGAGAUACAGGAUGCUUGCCAGAGCAUGUCUCCCUCUAGUGAGGACAAGUUUGCUGUGGUCAUGACGUCCUUCCUAGAUACAGCCCAGCCGGUGCUGCGGGCACUGGACGGGUUGCAACAUGAGGCCAUGGAGGAGCUGGGCAGGGCACUGGCCUUCUUCGGUGAGGACUCCAAAGCAACCACUUCUGAGGCCUUCUUUGGCAUCUUUGCAGAGUUCAUGAGCAAGUUCGAGCGAGCACUCAGUGACCUGGAGGCUGGGGAUGGCCCACGCAGCUCGGGGAUGGUUUCACCCCUGGCCUGGUGACCUGCGGAGUCCAUCCUGCCUGAGGCCCAUCCCAGUAGCCUGGAGCAGUCCAUAGCAGCCUGGGUGUGAGAGAUGGGGCCCGGCCUCCCCGUGUCUCCAGCUACCUCAGCUGUCAGGCUCUGGACACUGGGAAGGUGCAGGGUCAGCCUGGUUCCCCUCUGUGGGCCUUGGCUUUGGCUCCAAGUGAGCACUGGGGGGAUGGGACAGAGAGGAGGUGCUAACUCCUCGGAGAGUGUGAACCUUAGCUGCCCACAGGCAUGCUCACACUGGAAGGCCUGGCUUUGCCCGGCCUCUCUCUGGGUCUUGGAGAGGAUGCUGGCUAUGCACACCCUCAGGACUCUGGUCUGGCCCAAGGGAGGGGUGGCAGGGCUUCCACCAGUGAGUGGAUUGUGAAGUGGCCCCCACCUGGGGGCAGUGUCUGCUGUCUGCCCCUCAGAGCUUGGCCAGAGCAUUCUCUGUCCCAAGCAAGGACAUCGGAAUCUCCUUUCUGAGCCUGCUCCCAGUAGGCUGGAGGGACACCCUUGCAGAACAUGCACUCUGGACCCUGGACAAAGUGACAGAUGCCCUUGAACAUGCCAUGCCAGUGAGCAUGACAGGCCUUGAGGUUCCUCACCCAGCCCUGGCCUCCUGGGGCUGCCUGGAAGAAACUGGAAGAAAGGAUAUCCCCAAGUGCAGGGACCUGGGGGCCUGUGUACCAAGCCUGGGUCUUGGAAGCUAGAAGCAGGGAAGGGAGGACAGACGCUGGGCAGGAAUACAGGAGAGGACUGGAUUAGGAAGACCGCGAUGUCAGACUGUAGAACUGAGGGGUUUCAGACUGUAGAAUUGAGGGGUUUUAUCCAGCAAACAAAUUUGAGUCCAGUUUGGGGAGCCCGAGAGUGGGAUGGCGUGGUGAAGUAGGGACAGAGAGGAUGGAAAGCUGUUUAGGUGCUGGGUGAGCAGGACUUGGUAGCUGAUUGCCUGGCUGGGUCAUGGUGAUGUUCCCUGGAAUGGGUCACAUGAGCAGAGCGGACGUUGGGGUAGAUGACACAGUGGGACAUAGUUGGGAUCCCAGAGGCCAUUUCACAUGUGUGUCUGGAGGCCCUGGUGAGGUCAGGGGUAGAGGAGACAGUUACCUGGACACCAAGAGCAGGGGUGCUGUGGAUGGGGAGGAUAUGUUAAUUUCCUCCAUCCUUUUCAUGUUCCAAUUGGCAGUCCCAACAUCAGGCAGAUUCCUGUUGCCUCUUUCCUUAACUUUCUUCCAGAGAAGUCUGCAAUGGGCUUUAAAUUUGUCCCGGAUUCUUUUUCUCUCCCUACAAUCAAAUGGCUAAUGUUGCUUUUGGACAGUAUCUGGGACCCGUUCAGUUCCUGGCAAUCUCCCAGACUAUUCUUUGAGGCCAUGUAUAUAUUCUUUCCUUGUCCCCCACUCACAGCCACCAUAUAAACUUGGGGCACCAGAGUGGCUCAGUCGGUUAAGCGACUCUUGAUUUCAGCUCAGGUCAUGAUCUCAGGGUCAUGAGAUCGAAUCCCAUGUCGGGCCCCAUGCUGGAUGUGGAGCCAGUUUAAGAUUUAAGUUUAAGAUUCUCUCCCUCUCUCUCUGCCCCUCCCCACCCUCUUAAAAAAAAAAAGAAGGCUAACCAAAAUGUAUAAUUCAGUGGGGGUGGGGAGAGAGAUCCAGAUGUGGCUAGAGGUGUUCAUUUCUCCCCAGCAGCUUAAGCUGGAUGAUUUCAUGAAUGACCAAAGCCUGUGUCUCUGAGAAAUAUGUCAGUGAGUUAAAAUCCCUGUGUGAGAUCCAUAGACAUGAUAGGCUCCACCCCCAACACCCUCUCCAAGUAAAUCCAGCCCUAUGCUGGGGAGGAGGGUAUGGUGCGAAGGUACACAAGUUGGCAAGCCAGCACUAGCUCUGUUUUCUCCCUGAACACCUUCUAAUGGGAACCUAUGUGUCACAUGAUGUCAUGUAGCAAACUGUCCUAAAUCUUGGUCACUUAAAACAGCAGCCACUUACUGCUCAUGAAUCUUGGAGUCACCUGGGCAGUUCUGAUCUGAGCUGGGCUCAGGGGACUCACAAAUCAAAUGUCAUCUGUAAAUCAGCUAGGCAGCUUUACUAGUCAUGCAGGGAGGGCUCUCUCCCAUGUCUGGGGCUUUGGCUGGGACAACUGGGGUGGCUUUGUGUGACCUCUCAUUCUCCAGCCAAAUAGCCAGGAUGGUUCCCAUAGUGAAGGCAGGGGUCCAGGAGAAACAAAGUCACAGAAGGCCCCUUGAAGUCUAACCUCAGACCUCAGACCUGGCACACCACCAUUCUAUCACAGUUUCCUGUCAUGUAACAAGGCCAGCCCAGAUUCUAGGGGCGGGCUAAUUGGCUCCGCUCUGGAUGAGAGAUGAAGCCAAGUCACACUGCGUAGGGUGUGGAUUCAGAGUUGGCUGGAGAAUCAGAGCCAUUUUUGCAAUUGGUUUACCACCUGCCUGCUUGGCCAGACAUCCUGGUACAGAUCUCAGCCUCUUUAAUUUUCAGUGGCCUCCAUCCUGCCUGGACUUGGCUCAGCUCUGGUUAUCAUCUCCAUGUGUCCUCCUGGUGGCAUGCUUCCUCCUCUCUCUUACCUAUUCUCCCAUUACCUAGUCCCCUGACUCCACUCUGUCCAGUGGGCAGCAAUGGCCUGUGCCUCCCUAGCAACUAGUUUCCCUGCUACAGGGAAAGCACCCUGUUUUUCCUUUGACAAAUUAUCUCUCCCCUACUCACAGGCCCUGAGCAGUGCCAAUUGGACAAGGAUGGUCUCAUGACUCUGGCUGGGUGGCUCAGAGUCCAGUUAAGACUCAAGUUAGCACUAUUUGAAAAGGGAGGCUCCCUCUCUUCUGGAUGAAUUGUUGGAUGUAUAGAGGGUGGAACCCCAAAUGGGGCUGCCAGGACCACCAUGUGGAGACACCUGCCUGGGUAUAAACCCAAUACAGGGAAGAAGAGAAGAGAAGACCACUCCAUACAUCUCUUUGUCCCUGGAUCCAAUCAUGCCUGAAGCGGACUUCCAGACUUGUCAG